UGGAUAUUUGACGAUAUUGACAAACUAUCUGAUUCAUUUACACAUGCCCAAUGUAAACCAAACAUUAGAGGACAAAAACUUCAUCCAAAAGCCAUUUACACAAGCAGAUUGAUUCCUUAUCUUAGCAACACACCAACAGUGCAUAUUAGAGAUGAUUUAUUUGCGUCUG